AUUGUUGUUGCAGGUUUUUGUAUAAAAACGAAAUCCAAUGAUGAUGAAAAAGUUUUCAUUAACAUAUGCCAUACAAAAGAUCUACCAACACCUAAUGAAAUAUCAGAAUCAGAGUUAUUGGAACUCUUACAAUCGGAAGAGGCACCGAACUAUCGUGUACCAAUGAGCAUUGGCCAAAGUAAGAGCGUUACUGAUAAACAAGGCAAUCCAGCAAAAGCAUAUGAUGUGGCGAUUAGUACACAAUUCUUUAAUAAAAUUGAAAACAAGGAAUUCUUUAAAAACUUUUUGAUAACAUUGGUAUUGGAAGCUGUGAGUGAUAAAUAUAAUGUAACAUUAAAUACAACAUCGGUGAAUGUUUUAAAGAAUCGAAAAUGUAUGGGUUCGUUACAACUACAUCGUGUGCAAAAACGUGAAAUGGAUACUGCAAUGGGUGUACAGCCAAAAAAACUAAUCCAAGAAAUUGAAACUAGUUAUAAGCCAAUUAUAUCAGAAUUACGUGUACCAAAAUUUAGAUUAACUGGAGAACCAUCAACGGGAACAUUAGAAACAAUUAUUGGAGAAAUAUUUUUACCUGAAGUUAAAUCUGUUAAGAAUCUUGAGUUGGACGUUGGCGAAGAUCGAAUUGUACUGAAAGAAAAUCAAUACAAUUAUGAUUUAGAUAUAUUUUUACCGCAUUUAAUUAAUCAAGAUAAAGUUUCGGCUUCUUUGAAUAAAAAUAAUGGAAUAUUGAAAUUAACUUUGCCCAUUUUGUCAUCGAUCUAAGAAAAAUGCCAUUCCUCAUUUUCUACUUGUCAUUAGGAUUAA